AUGGUCAAGUGUACGCAUAAAGGUUGCAACCAAGACUUUUCCGAACAAGACAACAAGGAUAACGCUUGUCAAUUCCAUCCUGGUGCUCCCGUGUUCCACGAAGGUCUCAAGGGUUGGUCUUGUUGCGACAAGCGUGUCACGGACUUUGACGAGUUUCUCAAUAUCCCUGGAUGCACAUUUGGUCGUCAUUCCACUGAGAAGCCUGUAGAGGAAAAGAAGCCUGAAGCUGACACCACCAAGACCACCACCACGCCUACUGCUACUUCGGUGACCAAGGAUGGUGUAGAAGUGUAUGGCAACCAACCCUCCAAUCCCCCUCCAGCAUCAAUGUCGCCUGCUGUCCCCAAGGAAGAACCCAAGAAGGAGGUUGUGGAAGAGGUUGUGGAAGAAGAGGAUGAUGAAAGUAUUCCUGUACCAGCCAAUGCUACUUGUAAACGCAAGGGAUGUGGUGUUCAAUACAAGGAUGAUGCUACGUCACGUGGUCAAGGUCCCGAAGCUACAUGCGUCUAUCAUCCAGGUGCUCCCGUGUUCCAUGAAGGCUCAAAGGGCUGGAGUUGUUGCCGUCGUCGUGUACUCGAAUUUGAUGAAUUCUUAAAGAUCCCAGGUUGUAAGGAAGGCAAGCAUCUUUUUGUGGGUCGUCAAAACCAGAAGGAACAACUUGUGGAUUGCCGGACAGAUUGGUACCAAACCCAAACCCAUAUCAUCUUGAGCGUUUUUGCAAAGAACAAGCUUGAUACCAAGGUCACCUUUGAAAAGCAAUCCUUGUCCAUUGAUAUCAAGAUGAAGAACAAUGAGCGCUAUCAGAAGACUAUCCCCUUGUUCCACACAAUCGAUCCUGAGCAAUCAAAAUACAAUGCUCUUACCACAAAGGUCGAGAUCAGCUUGAAGAAGACCAGCGGUGUUUCAUGGGCUACUUUGGAACCUUCAGAUGCCAAGUCGUGGACCACUUUUGGUGUCACUGGUGGUGGUGGCAGUGUCGGUGCAAAGGAGAUGAUGUACACCAGUGAUUCCCCAUUACACUUGAAGCAAUAG